CUGAGUUUGAGCACAGUCACCAGUGCUCAGGGCGGCCGCCGAAGCAAGCAAGCAAGCGGAGCAAAGAAGCGGAUGAGGAAGAAAGAAACUUGAAGGCCUACCUAUCCUAGGUACGCGAGAGCUCUGCUUGGUGUUGAAUCUGCAUGGUGAACGGGCCGACUUAAAGAUUGGGACAUCAUUGACCUAGAGUAUAUUAGCUGUAUGUGCCUGUGCUUGUAAGUGGGUUUUGUGCACCAAUUUGUCUGAAGAUCGAAAUUCAGCAGCGUCAAUCUGGCACAAUGCGGACGUGGAGGGACGCAGCGCUGCACCUCUUUCUGCAAGAGAAAGACAGGUCUAUUGCGCAGCGGAGAAGCAAGCACAAGGUCGCAAUUCUGGCCGCUGCAGCAGCCCGGAAAGAGUCAGCCCAGCAGAAGGAAGUCAGCAAUCUAGUCAGAGAUCUCAUCCAGGUUGUGCAAGAGUUAGAGGGCCCACGGUUAGACAAGCGGCUUAGCGCAGAAACAAGCAUCUUUUUGCAUCAGGAACCGCUUCCUGUGGAAUAUAGUGAUGGAGAAACAAAGCUUGAGGCCCAAACUUAUCCACGCGCCGAGGCUUCUUCACAAGGCGCUGUAGGGGGCCAAUCGCUCCCGCAGCCUGAUUUGCUCUCACUGGAUGACGACUGGUUGGACCAGGAGAACUUCGCACAUGUGGAAGAGUCGUGGCUCCUCGACACCAGGAUUGAGAGCAGCUCAAAGGUCGAGGAUGCGCCAGAGGGCCGUGACAAAAAGCGAUGCAGGGAGGUCGGGAAGCAAGAAGUGGUCGACCAAGAUGUCCUGCUUGAAGCGGCUGGUGUUGGUCCUGAUGGCAGAUUAGCUGAAGAAGAGCCGAGACUCCAUGCUAGCGCCAUUGCGAGCGGUUCGAACGGCACCCAGCAGCUGCUAGAGUCGGCGAGAAGUGCCAUUGUCGCCUAUCGAAAGAGUGGUGGAGGUGGUCUGCAAGAGCUAAGGACUGUUGGCAAUGCUUUGGAGAAGCUGAAAGUGAUCCGUCUCGCUGAAUUGUGGCUCCUAAGUAGACGAGUCAGCGAGUUGCAAGCAAGAGUUCUGCAGUGGAGGAAGAGUAGGGCAACCAAAAAGGACAUGGAGGCAACAGCUGCAGGGGCUAGGAUACAGUCGCCUGAAGGAGAAGCUUCUUGCGGCACGGGGUAUCCUGUGUCGGCGCCAGGGGCAGCGUUCAUGACAGAAGACUUUGGCGAUGCAGAGAAAGAAGGCUCGCCUGGCUGGCUGAGUCUUGAUCAGAUUGACGAGCUUAGGCGGAGAGUGCUCAGGCUGGAGGUGGUACUGGGUGCCACGUGUCAGGAGAUGAGUGGCCGUCUGGGGGCUUUGUGGGACCAGCUUCGAGUGCCGCCAAAGCGCAGGGCUGCUUUUGAGGCAGAGCAGAAGGGACCGAAUACCCUCGCGCGAUACGACUGCUUGGAGCAGCAACUCGUCCAGGCGCAAGCUCAGGUGAAGCUGCUGCAGCCAGUCAUUCUCCUGUGCCAACAGCGGGACGACCUGGGCCGCCAGCUCGAAUCGCAGGCUGCCACGUGUCGAGAGGCGUCGAAGCACCUGCUGUCCCGAAAAGCGGACGGCGCCUCCGCCCUUCGGUUGGCGGAAGCGGAACGGAAACGUCUCCUGAGGCAGCAGUCGACGGUUCAGAAGCAGAUCGGGGAAGCCAUCGGGGAGUGGGAGAAAUCGACCGGGGGGAGGAUUGGUGCAGAUCUCGUCGGUCCGUGGAAGGAUGAGCACGGCUUGGAAGGAAUGCAGAAAGAGGCGGUAGGAUGUGUCGGGCGCAGAAAGGGGUCGGGGUUCACCAAGAAGGGCUCCGUAACUGUGACCAGAUCAGAGCACGCCUGCGCUUCGGUUGGGAAAGAGACGGUUCUUGCUCCAGUGCCUGCAAACAUAGUCUAGCUAGUAACAGGAUAGCGCGGUCUAAGGGCGAUGUACAUUGUUGAAGCCCGUUUCAGUUGUUUUAGCCAAAUGAAAUGCAAGCGGACGUGCCGCUGAUUCAUAACAGAGCUUAAAUGGCCGGUGUGGCCGUACAGACCGUGACA